AUGGCCCCUCAAAAGAAGAGCAAGAAGGAUGCCAACAGCAUCAACUCAAAACUAGCCCUCGUCUUGAAGUCCGGAAAGGUCACGUUGGGAUAUAAGUCAACGUUGAAAUCGUUGCGAUCCGGCAAGGCCAAGCUGAUCAUCAUUGCUGGCAACACUCCUCCUCUCCGCAAGAGUGAGCUCGAGUACUACUCCAUGCUGUCCAAGGCUCCUAUCCACCAUUUUUCCGGAAACAAUAUUGAGCUCGGCACUGCUUGCGGUAAGCUCUUCCGCUGCUCUACCAUGGCCAUCCUCGACGCUGGUGACUCCGAUAUCCUCAGCGACCAGCAGGCUUAA